AUGAUCAAAAAUGGGAGAUUUGGGUAUAACUCUUUAACACCCAAGCUGAUGGUUAUCACUGGGGUACUAAUAGCGGUUGUGUUGUGCAUGAUAAUGUUCCCAUCUCCUAGAGAGAUUGCCGUUGAAGCAGAAGUGUCUAAUGAUGAAUUCCAAACAAAGACAUACCUUCAAGCCUCGAGAAAAAUGAAAGAGGAACUAAUGAUAAAAAAAGAAGACUUUGAGGGAUUUUAUUUCACAUUGAGGCUUAUAAAUCCUGCAAGAGAUAGAGUUGUAAUAAUAGUAAAUGGAACAAAGAUAAAGACAAUAGUGAGCAGCAAGUACAUAAUCCGCUUUAUCGAGACGAUUGAGAACAGGGACAAGUCCCCUUUCUACUUCAUAUUUCUUUCGUAUCUUAUGGGGUCGCUGUACUUCCCUGUCGGAACCAUCAACUUUGUCUCGAACUCUGAAGGGGUUUGGUACAAUAACGUCUGCUAUAGGGGGCAUCCAGCAAUCUUUAGAAGAAUAUGCUUACUUCUGGUAAGAGACAUUAAAUAA